AUGCUCAGCUUUGUGGACACCCGGAUCGUGUUGCUGCUCGCAGGACUCAAAGGACCCAGAGGUGACAGGGGUCCACGUGGCCCUGACGGAAAAGACGGAAAGCCCGGCCUGCCUGGACCUCCUGGCCCCCCUGGACCCCCUGGACUCGGAGGAGGAAACUUUGCUGCUCAAUAUGAUGGUGCGAAGGCCCCUGAUCCUGGCCCUGGACCCAUGGGCAUGAUGGGUUCCCGCGGCCCCCCUGGACCCCCUGGCUCCCCUGGACCCCAAGGACACACUGGACACCCAGGAGAGCCCGGAGAGCCCGGCCAAGCUGGACCUGUUGGCCCCAGAGGACCCCCUGGACCCCAAGGCAAAUCUGGUGAAGAUGGGAACAAUGGCCGACCUGGGAAACCUGGAGACCGAGGAACCCCCGGAGCUCAGGGUGCUCGUGGAUUCCCCGGAACCCCAGGACUCCCUGGAAUGAAGGGACACAGAGGCUACAACGGCCUGGAUGGACGCAAAGGAGAACCAGGCGCUGCUGGAGCUAAGGGAGAGACUGGAUCUGCCGGUGCCCCUGGAAGCCCUGGCCUGGCUGGCUCCCGAGGCCUGCCUGGAGAGAGAGGUCGUGCUGGUCCUGCUGGUGCUGCUGGUGCUCGUGGUGCUGAUGGAAACGUUGGACCUGCUGGUGCUGCUGGCCCCGUCGGAGCUGCUGGACCCCCUGGCUUCCCCGGUGGACCUGGACCUAAGGGAGAGAUCGGACCUGCUGGUGGAACUGGACCAUCUGGAGCUCAAGGAUCCAGAGGAGAGCCUGGUACUAAUGGUGCUGUUGGCCCCGUUGGCCCCCCUGGUAACCCUGGUGCCAACGGCCUGAACGGAGCCAAAGGAGCCUCUGGACCCGCUGGUGUUGCUGGAGCUCCUGGUUUCCCAGGACCAAGAGGUGGACCUGGACCUCAAGGAUCUCAGGGCCCCUCUGGCCCCAGAGGACUGCCUGGAGACCCUGGCAUCCAAGGAGUGAAGGGAGACUCUGGGCCUAAAGGAGAGCCUGGAAACGCUGGACCUCAAGGAGCCCCUGGAUCCCAAGGCGAGGAGGGAAAGAGAGGACCCACUGGUGAGCUGGGAGCCACCGGCCCCGCUGGUCUGCGUGGAGCUAGAGGCGCUCCUGGAGGUCGCGGCCUGCCCGGCUCUGAUGGAAGAAGUGGACCCAAUGGCAUGCCCGGAGCCCGAGGAGCUACUGGAUCUCCUGGACCCCGUGGACCCCCUGGAGAUGCAGGUCGUGCUGGAGAGCCAGGUGCUGCUGGUCUCAGAGGACACCCAGGAAGCCCCGGCAGCUCUGGACCCCCAGGCAAAGAGGGCCCCUCUGGGCCAGCUGGACAAGAUGGCCGCACUGGUGCUCCAGGACCCACUGGACCCCGUGGACAACCUGGAAACAUUGGCUUCCCUGGCCCCAAAGGACCUUCUGGUGAGGGCGGCAAACCUGGAGACAAGGGCUCCUCUGGUCCCACUGGUCUGAGGGGACCCCCAGGACCUGACGGAAACAACGGAGCCUCCGGCCCCAUCGGCCCCGCUGGUGGUCCCGGUGAGAAGGGAGAGCCAGGACCCUCUGGAGCUCCCGGGUUCCAGGGUCUGCCAGGACCUGCAGGACCUGCUGGUGAGAGUGGCAAACCUGGAGACAGAGGUAUCCCAGGAGACCAGGGAGCCUCAGGACCUGCUGGUGGAAAGGGAGAACGAGGAAACCCUGGAGCUGCUGGAUCUGCUGGAGCUCAGGGGCCCAUUGGAGCCCGUGGACCCGCCGGAGCCCCUGGUACUGAUGGUGCUAAGGGAGAACCUGGACCCACCGGAACUGUUGGAGCCCCAGGACACCAGGGCCCAGGAGGCAUGCCCGGAGAGAGAGGAGCUGCUGGAGGCCCCGGAGGCAAAGGAGAGAAGGGAGAGAUGGGCCACCGAGGACCUGACGGUAACUCUGGCAGAGACGGAGCUCGCGGUAUGCCCGGAUCCGCUGGACCCCCUGGACCUAUUGGAGCCAAUGGAGACAAGGGAGAAGCCGGAUCUUUUGGACCUGCUGGCCCCGCUGGCCCCCGUGGAGGAUCUGGUGAACGUGGAGAGGUGGGACCUGCAGGUGCACCCGGAUUUGCUGGACCUCCCGGCGCUGACGGUCAGCCUGGAGCCCGUGGAGAGAAGGGACCCGCUGGAGGAAAGGGUGAGGUGGGCCCCGCUGGGCUUGCUGGCCCUGCUGGACAGUCUGGACCCCCAGGUCCUGCUGGUGCCCCUGGACCCGCAGGCGCUCGUGGAGAGAACGGUCCUAAUGGUCUGACUGGGUUCCCUGGAGCUGCCGGCAGAGUGGGUGCUCCUGGUCCUGCUGGUAUCGUUGGACCUCCUGGUCCCUCCGGCGCCUCUGGAAAGGACGGCCCUCGUGGCGCUCGUGGUGACCCAGGCCCUGCAGGACCCUCCGGAGAACCCGGUAUGCUCGGACCCCAAGGCGCUCCUGGAGAGAAGGGACCCUCUGGAGAGUCUGGCCCUGCUGGAGCCCCCGGAACCCCUGGACCCUCUGGACUUCUAGGAGCACAAGGAUUUGUGGGUCUGCCAGGUUCUAGAGGUGACCGUGGUUCCCCUGGCGGUGUUGGUGGAGUGGGAGAGCCUGGCAGAGUGGGCCCCGCUGGUCCCCCUGGAGCUCGAGGACCUGCUGGAAACAUUGGUCUUCCUGGUAUGACUGGACCUCAGGGAGAAGCUGGCCGUGAGGGUAACCCUGGCAACGAUGGACCCCCUGGACGCCCUGGUGCUGCUGGAUUCAAGGGAGAUCGUGGAGAGCCCGGAUCCCCCGGACCCUCUGGACUGUCUGGAGCCCCUGGACCCGCUGGACCUAGUGGAGCUGCUGGUCGUCCUGGAAACCGUGGAGAGUCUGGCCCCUCUGGAUCUGCUGGAGCUGUGGGACCCGCUGGAGCCCGUGGAGCCACUGGCCCUGCUGGUGUCCGAGGAGAGAAGGGAGUGGCUGGAGAAAAGGGAGAGCGAGGCAUGAAGGGUCUGCGUGGACAUCCCGGUCUGCAGGGCAUGCCCGGACCUUCUGGCCCCUCUGGAGACUCUGGACCUGCUGGACCCUCUGGACCUGCUGGACCCAGAGGCUCCUCUGGACCCCAUGGACCCUCUGGUAAAGACGGCCGAGCUGGACAAUCUGGUGCAGUGGGUGCUCCUGGUGCUCGCGGACCUCCUGGAUACGUUGGACCUUCAGGCCCCCCUGGAUCUCCUGGUCUGCCCGGACCCCCAGGUCCCUCUGGUGGUGGAUACGAUGUGUCUGGUGGAUAUGAUGAGUACAGAGCUGACCAGCCUGCCAUGAGGGCUAAGGAUUACGAAGUGGACGCCACCAUCAAGUCUCUUAACACCCAGAUUGACAACCUUCUGACCCCCGAGGGCUCUAGAAAGAACCCAGCCCGCACUUGCAGAGACAUCCAGCUGGGCCACCCCGAAUGGACCAGUGGUUUCUACUGGAUCGACCCCAACCAGGGCUGCAUCAACGAUGCCAUCCGCGUCUUCUGUAACUUUGAGAGCCGCGAGACCUGCAUCAACGCCCACCCCGCAAGCAUUCCCCGCAAGAACUGGUUCAGAAGCGCACAGCCACAGAAGCACGUGUGGUUUGGAGAGACCAUCAAUGGAGGCACUGAGUUCCCCUACAACGACGAGACCCUGAGCCCCCAGAGCAUGGGCACCCAGCUGGCCUUCAUGAGGCUGCUGUCCAACCAGGCCAGCCAGAACAUCACAUACCACUGCCGCAACAGCGUUGCCUACCUGCACGCAGACAGCGGGAGCCUGAAGAAGGCCCUGGUGCUGCAAGGCUCCAACGACGUGGAGCUGCGGGCCGAAGGCAACAGCCGCUUCACCUACUCUGUGCUGGAGGACGGCUGCACUAGACACACCGGCGAAUGGAGCAAGACAGUCAUGGAGUACAGAACGAACAAGCCCUCUCGCCUACCCAUCCUCGACAUUGCACCUUUGGACAUUGGAGGCGCUGACCAAGAAUUUGGUCUGGACAUUGGCCCUGUCUGUUUCAAAUAA